GUAGUACGACACCCGCUUUUGCUGACAAAACCUUGGCCCAAUAUUGCAUCUGAACCUGGUUGAUCUCGCAGCUCUCGUCCGAUAUCUUGAGUUGAGAUCUUAUAGCAACCUGUGCAGGGCUUGUCAUUGAUGGCUUCCGAAAGCAAAGAAGAUGGAGGAGGGUCACCGAAGCAGACGCCGAUGCCGCUCGAGUCGCUGCCUCCGCUGCCUCAGAUGGCGAUGGCGCCCAUCUCAACAUUUGCCCUCGAGGACAACUCGCAAUCGCAAGCACUGAUGCCUCGCGUGACAGACAAAGUGGUCGCAUACAACCCUACAUACGACGAACUGACUCGUCCAUUCGUCGGUCCAGCAAAUCCAAAAGGCGAUGCCUCUCUUAAACGGAAAAACAUGCUGACCGGAUACGCAGAGGAGCAGGCGUUCAACGACGCUGCGUUCCGGGUUCAGCACCGUACAUUCAAAGCUAUGGGAUACGCGCGCGAUCCCUCGCUUAACCCCGCUAACUCUAGUGGAUUCGCUGGUGACGAGGUGCGCGCUACUGAGAACGAAGGACGGGAUUUACUGGCGAUCAAGACGGCAAAGACAGAGGUUGAGGAGUUAAAAAAGAAGAGACAGAAGAAGGGUGAUUCUGGGACGUUGGACGGUGAUAAUGCGUACAAAGGCCCAUGGGCGACAUACACGGAUCCUAAUGCUUCGUCAUCAGAAGAGUCUUCGUCUGAAGAGUCUGAAGAGAGUGAAGAAGAGCCCCAGGAGGCUGUCACACCAAAAGCCUCUGAUGCUCCGGGAUUCAAGGAAAAGACGCAAUUCCAUGGCUCGAGUUUGUAUGACUACAUGGGUAGAACAUACAUGCAUGUGCCACGCGAUCUUGAUUUCAGCCUCGACAAGGAUCCAGGGGAGCAGGAGUGUUUUAUACCGAAGAGAAGGGUUCAUACUUGGGCAGGUCACAAGAACGGUGUCACUGCUCUGAGGUUUUUCCCGCGACAUGGUCACCUUUUGCUUUCUUCUGGAAUGGAUAAUAAAGUGAAGAUAUGGGAUUGCUACCACGACAGAGAACUAUUGCGAUCAUAUUCUGGCCACUCUCGGACAGUCAAAGAUAUCUGCUUUUCGAACGAUGGAACAAAAUUUUUGUCGGCUUCGUACGACUCUUUUGUUAAACUUUGGGAUACGGAAACCGGACAGUGCAUUUCUCGAUUUUCUACGGGCGCGAUUCCAAACUGUGUCAAAUUCAAUCCAGAUGAUGACAAACAGGACCAGUUUGUGAUUGGAACGUCGAAUAACAAGAUUGUGCAGUUUGAUGUGAAUUCGGGCGAAGUUGUCCAGGAAUACGAUCAUCAUCUGGGCCCGGUCAACAGUAUUCUGUUUGUGGAUGAAAACAGGCGGUUUAUGUCAUCUUCCGACGACAAGAGUCUUCGAGUGUGGGAGUGGCAGAUCAACGUGCCUAUUAAAUUUAUUGCGGAUCCCAUGCAACACUCGAUGCCGACUCUCGCUCUACAUCCUACCGGCAAAUACCUGACAGCACAAAGUCUCGAUAACCAGAUUCUCACGUUUGCGGCUACAGAUCGGUUCAAGGCGAACAGGAAAAAGGUUUUCAAGGGCAACAACUGCGCUGGAUAUGCUAUUCAAAUGGACUUUUCGCCAGACGGUCAGUACUUGAUGUCUGGAGACUCAGGUGGUUAUGCGUGCUUCUGGGACUGGAAGACCACAAAGAUGAAGAGCAAGUUCAAAGCGCAUGAGAAGGCUUUGACAUGUAUCGCUGCGCAUCCUCAGGAAACCAGUAAGGUGGUUACGGCGGGUCUGGAUUCGAAGAUUCAUUACUGGGACUAAAGAGAGAUGCAUGUAAUAUAUUUAGUUAUAAUUUGGGCAGAUGUUUUCGUGU